GACAAGUUUCCUCACUUUGAGGACAAGGUUCGACACUCUGAGGACAAGGUUCUUCAAUCUGAGGACAAGGUUCCUCACACUGAGGACAAGGUUCCUCACUUUGAGGACAAGGUUCAUCAUUCUGAGGAUAAGGUUCGUCAAUCUGAGGACAAGAUUCUUCACACUGAGGACAAGGUUCUUUUUUCCGAGGACAAGGUUCUUCAUUCUGAGGACAAGGUUCUUCACUCUGAGGACAAGGUUCUUCACCCUGAGGACAAGGUUCUUUUCUCUCAGGACAAGGUUCUUCACUCUGAGGACAAGGUUCUUUAUCUGAGGACAAGAUUCUUCACUGUAAGGACAAGGUUGUUCACUCUGAGGACUAGGUUCUUCACUCGGAGGCCAAGGUACCUCACUUUGAGGACAAGGUUCCUGACACUGAGGACAAAGUUGCUGACGCUGAGAACAAGGUUCCUCAGUCCGAGGACAAAGUUCUGCAUUCUGAGAACAAGGUUCCUCACACUGAGGACAAGGUUCUUCGCUCUGAGGACAAGGUUCCUCACUCUGAGGUCAAGGUUCUUUAUUCUGAGGACAAGGUUCUUCACUCUGAAGACUAGGUUCUUCACUCUGAGGACAAGGUUCUUCGCUCUGAGGACUAGGUUCGUCACUCGGAAGAAAAGGUUCCUCACCUUCAGGACAAGGUUCCUCUCGCCGAGAACAAAGUUGCUGACACUGAGAACAAGGUUCCUCACUCUGAGGACAAAUUUCUUCACUCUGCGGACCAGGUUCUUCAUUCUGAGGACAAGUUUCUUCACUUUGAAGACUAGGUUCCUCACACCGAAGACAAGGUUACUCACCUUGAGGACAAGGUUGAUCUCUCUGAAGACAAUGUUUUUCACUCUGAGGACAAUGUUCCUCACACAGAGAACAAAGAUGCUGACACUGAGAACAAGGUUCCUCAGUCUGAAGACAAGGUUCUUUACUCUGAGGACAAGGUUCUUCACUCUGAGGACAAGGUUCCUCACUCUGAGGACAAGGUUCUUUACUGUGAGAACAAGGUUCUCCACUCUGAAGACAAGGUUCCUCGCACUGAGGACAAGUUUCUUCACUCUGACGACUGGGUUCUUCACUACAAGGACAAGUUCCUCACUUUGAGAACAAG